CCAAAAAGAAAGAAAUUUAAAAAAAAGAAUAAUUGUACGUAAAUAACUGUGCUAGUCGGGGAAAACACGCGGGUGAUUGUGCUAAUUGUUAAGAUAUUCGAGAACAGUUGCUAAACACACUCGCGAGUUCUAGUAAAACGCCAGCAAAGAAAAGGAGCAGCGCGCCAGCAGCGCAGCAACAAGCGUAGGCAAAAAGCAAACAAUUGGAUAAGCGCUCGCUCUGGCCCGCAGAAACAGCAGCAGCAGCCCCAGUGGAAGAGAAAGAGAGAGGAAGGUGUUGUUGGGUGCAUGCUGCUUAACGCUGAUAGAUACUCUUUAAGCGUUUAAACCUUGGCCAAAAGUUCAACAUCAUUACGUACAAACAUUGUUCUUGUUGUGGCUGCCACUGCCUGUCGACGUGGGGGCAGAGCAGCACCAGUUGCAGCGCAGCGCGAGCAGCAGCAGCAGCAGCAGCAGCAGCAGCGUGUGAUCGAGAUUCUCGUCGGUUGGCUCGGUUGUCGUUUUCGUCGGUCGCCGGUGAAAUGGUGUCGACUGUCGUUGCCCUCGCCGACGCUCCCGCCGUCGCCGUCUACGUUUCUGCCGCUGCAGAGACCACCGCAGUGACCAUGAAGCGAAAAAUGUUGUUCUGAAUUCAGUAAAUGUUGAAAGAAAAAGUGAGAAAUAAGCAAUAAUAAUACAAAUAAGUUUUAAAACGCGUAAAACAGCUGAGAAUACGAAUCCAAACGAAUAAUACAACCAUCUGUAUGCCCAUUUGUGCCCUUUAAAGCUUCAAAAGCAACAACAAAGAAUGUGAGAGAAAGAGGUGUGCGACGAGAGUGAGUGUGAAAAGAAAGUCGAGUCAAGAAAAAGUGCCUGCACCCAAAUGUGCUCUCAGUAAAGUAAAGUUAAAUCCCCCCGUAUUUGAGUCUUCCUGCUGGCUGGCACCACCACUGCUAAGCGCCAAAUGCUUCAACGGCUUUAAUUCCCCCAAAGCCCUGGUCGUCUCCCACGUGCUUCACCCAGAUAUUAACUCUCCUUGGGCUUCCUCAGUGAGUGCACUGACUGCACACAUGACUGGGAUUAGCAGCGGAUAGCGACUGGAAUAAACCCACAACCCAACACCCCAAAACAACCACAGCUGACAAAUAUUAUGGAAAAAGCGAAAGCGUAUAUCAAAAAUGAACUUCGUGGUGGCAUCCAGCCACAGCAGCAGCAGCAGCCCCUUCAAUCCGAGCCAGCAACGACGCCCGCAUCCCCAUCGCCCUCUGCGGCAUCGUCCAAACAGCAGCAGCAGCAGCAGCAGCAGCUGUAUCCACACUGCGAGCUGAUGCCCUCACCAGGAGCAGCAGCAGCCUUGGCACACCGAUCCCGGACACCCAGCGACCUUUACCACCAGCAUGCCAUGUCCCUUGGCUAUGCGCCGCAUCCAUCGCAGCAGCAACAGCAGCAGCAGCAGCACUAUUAUCCCGCACAUACGGGAGUCAAGUCCACGGGUCGAGCAUCGGCGCCCCCAGAACACCACAUGGUCGUGUCCGUUUGCUUUGUCUGCGGCUGCCACGGGGGCUACGAGAUGCAGGCGCUGCGCGUGCGUCAGAGUGCGGAGCGGCCGAGUGAGUCCUUCUUCCCGUUUCUGGAGCGGCAUGAGCCGCCCAAUGGGAUGGCCAGUGUGACGGCCAGCCAGGAGUACGUGUGGGCGUGUCUGCUCUGCUAUCGCUCCCUCAACGAGCAGUGGGACGCGUACGAGCGCCACAAGAAGCCGCUGCUGCAGCGCAUCUACCACAUGAAGCGGAUGGACGGCAAGGGCUACAUCGGAGCGGAUGUGGCCACGCAGAGCGAGUACGCCGCCCAGGUGCUGGGCCUCAGUGCGGAUCAUCUUGGCCAGAACGGACUGGCGGAGCUGCAUGGCAUGGAUCCGUAUGCCCUCGCCCGCCACUACUCCCCGCACCAUCAGCCGUCGGGAGCGGCAACGCCGACACCUCAUCACCUUAGUACCUCAAGGAAUGCCUCACCCUCGCCCAUACCCAGUGGUGCGGGUGGCGGUGACUAUUAUCCACGGAAUGCCACGACGCCCACAAGCAACAGCAACAACAACAACAAAUACCUGAGUCGUCCGCAGUCGCGGGACAUGCCAGUGGCCUCGCCCUCAUCGCGACCGCCCAGCGAACCGCCGGCCACCAAGAGCAGCAGCGCCUCCAACUACUCGCAGCACAAAUUCAAGCCGGGCAGCGCUCCUGGAGCGGCAGCCUCGCCGUAUGGGGGACAGCCGACGAGCUACCAUCCCGCUCAGUAUCAGCAGCUGCAGCAGCAGACGGCAGCCUACCAUCUGCUGCAGCAAGCAGCCGCCGGCGGAGCGGCGGGAGGACCUGAGCAUCCGGCGCACUACAAGGGCAAUCCGUACAGUGCAAUGCCCUCGCCGGGCAGUGCCCACCUGGGGCCACCGCCACCGACAGCCGGCCUGGAGGAUGACAAUGCCACGGUGCUGGAUCUGCGCCACGUGAGCGCCAGCGUGGGAGGCAGCUCGGGAGGAGCGACAAGGAGCAACACCGCAGCCACAGCAGCCGCAGCGCCCAGUCAACCGCCUGCAGAGGUGGGCAUCCUCGACCUCUCGAUGCCCGACAAGAACUCCAUCACGGAGGUGUGCUACGUGUGCGGCGAUGAGCAGCGUCGCGGCAGCCUCAUCGAGCUGAGCACGGUGAAGUCAAAGGAGUCGCGACUCGGCCAGACCGCGGCCUACUUUCCGCUCUUCAACGAGCAGCAUCCACGUCCGGCGCGCUCGCGUCCCAAGGAUCCCCGCGGCAUGAUACAGGCCUGUCUGCCCUGCUACGAAGACCUCAUGCAGCAGUGGAACACGCAGCAGGCCUCCCACAAACCGGAAUCGGAGCGUUCCUAUAUGCUGCGCAAACGUCCGACACCCGCAGCCCCAGCGGCCGCAGCAACAGCAGCAGCGCCGGAGCGCACGACUUUUGUGUGCUAUACCUGUGGCACGGACACGCCCUCUUCACAGCUGCGACUCGUCUACUGCUGCCCCAAUGCCGAGCGGGAGCCCUUCUACCCGUUCAUCAAGACCAUGAAGGUCUACAAGAACGCUAGUCCCAUCAGUCCCCAGGGCAUGGUCCAGGUCUGCUCCAGCUGCAAUGAGAAGCACAGUGGACUGGCCGAGGGUGGGCCGCCGCCUGCCGCACACACAGCGCACCCAGUGGGUGGCUCGCCCAGUGCCGGACACUCGCUGGAGUCCAGCGCAGCGCUGUAUAGUUCCAGUGGCGUGAUGGCACCAUUUGGUGGUGGUCGCAAUUCCCCAUCAGAGAAGUCGGUGGCCAAUUCAGAUUCCACCAGCAAUGUGCGGUUUAGGCCCUACGAGACAAACUCGAACAAUUCCAACUCGAACACGGCACGCGACCUCAAGCAGAUACGACGCAGCGACUCGAGGCCCAAUUCGCCCGGCUCCAGCCAGGGAGCCAUCGAGAAUGGCCAUGGACAGUAUCCCUGCUCCAUUUGCAAAGUGCUUUGUCCGUCUAACAAAAUGGAUUGGCUGUCGACCAGUGCCGAGCAUAUGAAUUCCCAUGCCAUGCACUUUCCCUGCCUGAAGGCCAAUGCCGCUGCCGCCGCUGCCGUUACCAGCAAUAAUAAUAAUAGCAAUAUUAACAACAAUAGCAGCAGCAUCAGCACUGGCAGCAACAGCAACAACAACAGCAGCAGCAACAACAAUAACAACAACAACAACAACAACGAGUUGAACAGCAAUCGUGUGCUGGCGUGCAAGGACUGCAAGGACUACUUGGCCAGCCAGUGGGAGUCGAUGGAUGCCGAACGCGUGCCCCUAGAGCACAGAAGAUACAACAUUCCCUCGCCCAUGAUGACUUCCAGCUCACCGAACGGAUCUCGGCAUGGCGCCAUGAGCAUCAACACACCGCCCUCCACACCAUCCAUAUCAUCGUCGACGCCUGCCAGCACAUCAAUCUACUGCUUCCUCUGCGGCCUACACUCGGACCUCACGCUAGCCCGCGUGCUCUAUGCCAGCAAAGAGGGUUCACGUCCAUAUUUUCCACUGCUGCUGAAACACAACUCUCUGCCGAAUGCCGAGCAGCUGCGCAACAAUUCGGCUUUGGUCUGCACUUUCUGUUAUCAUUCCAUGUUGAAUCAGUGGCGCAAAUAUGAGGCGCAAAGUCCGAGCGUGAAUCCGGCGGAGCGCAAAUACAAUUGGCACGACUACAACUGCCACCUGUGCGGCAUUACGACUUAUAGGAAACGUGUGAGAGCGCUGCCCGUCAAUGAGUUUCCCUUUGUGAAGCACCAAAAGAGCGACGAUGGGCUGCUGCUGGAGAAUGGAGAGUAUGCCGUCGUCUGUCUCGACUGCUACGAGAGCUUGAGACAACAAGCCUCGCAGCACGACCGCUUUGGGGUGCCCAUAUCUAGGCGGGCCUACAAUUGGGUGCCCCAGCCACCGCCACCGGAGGACAGUCCCGAGUCCGCAGUGGCACGUUUGCCCUGCGGCGAGCGCUCCGAUCGCAUUCUCAUCAGCAAUGCACUGCGGCCCGUGCCAGGCAAGAAGACAACAUCGCCCAAGCAGUACGACAAGUCAAAAGAAGCGCCGCCCAAGGCUGGACAGAAGCGACCGGCGACCAGCCCGGCACCGCAUAUACCCGUGCCGCAUCACCUGCAGACGCCGCCGGGCUCUGGUGUGGCCGGCAGCCCGGUGCCGCCCAACCAGACUAGUGGCCUGCUGAACCACGCCCUGCCCAGCAACCACAUUGGCACUCCAUCACCACAGCAACACCAGCAGCAGCAGCAGCAGCAGCAGCACCAGACGCACCAGCAGCAGCAGCAGCAGCAGCAGCAACAACAGCAGCAGCAACAACAACACCAACAGCAGCAGCAGCAGCAGCAGCAGCAGCAACAUCAAGCGCAACAGCAGGCGGUGGCUGCGGCAGUGCAGCAGCAGCUGGCAGGUGUGGGCAUGCCCCCGGGUGCCAUAAGCGCCGCCGCAGCGGCCAAUAGUCGCGGAUCCUUUGCCGCUGCGCUGCGGACGCUGGCCAAGCAGGCGGACAUCAAGGAGGAGGAUGUGGGCUGCGACCGUGGGAAUGUGCCCACAUCUGUGGCCCAAGGGCCGCCUCCGUCGUCGGUGCCAAUGAAUUCGGUGGCAGGUCGGGGCGGACCAGAGCGUGGCAUGUCCAACAGUGGUGGUGGAGGCGGGGAUGAUCGAAUGGGUGGCAGCAAGAAGCGCUCGCCACCGUCGCCACAGCCGCCGGAGAAGAUUGCGCGGCUGAGCCACACGCCGCAGAGUGCGUCCAUGCAGCCAGAGAUGCUGGCCAGGAGCGGCUUCCAGCCGUACAGAUCGGACGAGCGGCUGAUGCAUCCGGCGGGUGCCUUCCCCCUGGAGGCCUACUCACACUUUCCGGGCCUGCCGGGUCUGCCACCAGCAGCAUUUUUGAACCCUGCGGGACUGCAGUACUCGGAUCCGCUGUACUUGGAGCACCGCUAUCAGCUGUUCCGCGCCGCCGGGGCCCAUCACACGCAUCCCCAUGCGGCUGCGCUGUACCCACAGAUGGCCUCGCCCUACUCGCACCUGUACUCGAUGAUGCCGGGCGCCGCGCUGGGCAUCUCGCCGGCCAUGCACGAUCGCAUCAAGCUGGAGGAGGAGCACAGGGCCCGGCUGGCGCGCGAGGAGGAGCGCGAGCGGGAGAUGCACCGCGAGAAGGAGCGAGAGAUGCGGGAGAAGGAGCGCGAGAUGCGCGAGCAGCGAGAGAAGGAACAGCGCGAGAAGGAGCAGCGAGAGCGAGAGCGGGAACAGCGCGAGAAGGAGCAGCGCGAGCGGGAGCAGAAGGAGAAGGAGGCCCGCGAGCGCAAGAUGCGCGACGAGGAGCGGGAGAGGGAGCGCCAGCAGCUGCUCAAUGCCUCCCACCACUACUCCAAUCAGCUGUACUCGCCGCUGAACCGCACCCUGCUCGGCAACAUGAUUCCCCACCUCAACCUGAGUCUGCGCGGUCCGCCCGGAUCGCUGCACGGCCUGCCCGGCAUGUCGCACUAUCACGCGGCGGCGGCCAAUGCCCAGCGGCAGAGUCCGCACGCGGCCAUGGGCCUCAAUCUGGGCAUGGCGGGGCUGCCCGGCGUGGCGGCACUCGGCGGCCACGGACCCAAUCUGCAGCAUCAUCUGCAGCAGGCGGCCAUGGGGCUGGCGCAUCCGGGAGCAGCGGGUCUGACGCAUCCAGGAUUCUCCGCAGCGGCGCUGGGUCUGAGUGCGCAUCCGCACAGCCUGAACCUGAGCCAUCCACACAUGUCGCCGCAUCAUCCCGCCUCCAUGGCCGCCCACCAGCUGCCACCGCACACGUCCUCAGCGGGUGGCGGCGGCGGAGGAGGAGGAGGAGGAGGAGGGCACAGCAACUCCAUUCCGGUGACUGCCGGCUCCAGCUCGUCCGCAUCCUCGCCGCACAGCAGCCUCAACCUGACGGCCGCCGUGAAGCUGAGCUCCGAGCAGCAGGCGGCCACCUCGACGCCCAGCAGCAUCAGCCUCAGCAGCAGCGGCGGCGGAGGAGCGCUCACCACCUCCACGGCCAGCUCGCACAUUCCCACAAUGAGUCACUACUACCACCACGGACACCUGGCCGCGAUGCAUGCAGCGGCGGCGGCUGCCAGCGGCCUCACCCCAACCGCAGCCCACCAACAGCAGCCGCUGUCCCAUCCCAGCUCGCCCAAGAUCACGCCACCCAUCGCGGGAUCUGCCUCCUCCAACGGAGGACGUGCCGGGGGCAGCCCGCACGCGAUGAGGCAUCACCUGGCGGCUGUGGCAGCGGCCGCCCAACAGUCGGCCAUGAUCGAGAAGGCAGCGGCGGCUCCGGCCACGCAUGAGCCAGCCACCCUGGACCUGACCGGAUCCAACUCCAAUUCGAGCAACCAGGCGACGUCCAAUGCCAGCAGUGGCCAGGCCACAUCCAACCACGAGCUGAACGGCGUCGAGUCCAAUGGAGCGUCGCAGGGCGAGAGCAAGGAGCAGGCUGCGGGAGGAGUAAUCAAGGAGGAGCAGUCCAUGAAGAGCUCCCCGCCACCAGCGGCCAGCGACAAGAAGCCAGCCACACCGAAUGCAGCGCCCGAGAAGCCGCUGCACCCCGACAGCUCGCCGGAGAACUCUUCGCGACGCAGCGCCAGUCCGCCCUCGGAGACGAAUACCUCGCUGCCAGCAGUUGGAGCAGCAGCAGCAGCAGCAGCAGCAGCAGCAGCUGGAGCACCAGCAGCAGGUAAAAGCUCAGAGGAGACCCCAAAGAUUCUAGAGUCGACUGCACCGACUUCCCCUGCCACCAAGCCAGCUGCUGGCGAAGCUCUCGAGGAGAAGCAGCGCACACGGGUGUCGGUGUCGGUGUCGGGGUCGCCGGAACCAGCACCAGACACCGUCUCUGCCUCGGGUGGCGUGACCUCCACAACGAGUGGCAGCACGCCACCGCCAGUGGUCAGCAGCAGCACGAACAUAAGAGACGGCAAGGCAGAAGAGGUGUCCACCAGUGCCACCCCAAAGGCAGGGUCCACGGAGACCGAGCAGGUGGCCACAGUGGCCAGUGGCAGAUGAUGCGCCCACCCGAGUGUCUCGAUUGGUUUAGGUUUAAGUUGAAAGCUUGCACACUUGUCGUCGCCUUGGAUCGGAACUAGUUAACAUCUACCUUCAGUAACAUUAACUACUCGAUAAUUUAGUUGUUUAAUCGGAGAUCUUAUCUUAUCUUUUUAUUUAUGCUACAAGAAUUGUUUGUAAUGUAUUUGCCAACGCUGCUGGCUAGAGCCAAUUCUGAAUGUUUUUUAACCCUAAACUUUAGUUAUUAUUAAUUAUUAUUUGCCCCCCUAUUUAAAUGUGAAGCGUAUACCAUUAGAGAUUGCCUGAAUAAAUCCUUUUGUUUA